AUGAACAACUCUACUCAAACCGUCGCAAAUGGAUUCUCUACCGGAGUUGUUGUCACCCAAUACGUUCUCUUCGCUGUUGGUUCACACUUGGCUAUCGUUGGAAACAUCGUGUUGCUUGUGACAGUCUACAAGAGACCGGUCUUACACAGAGUUACUUACUACUUUGUGUCUGCUCUCGCUGUCGAAGACCUUCUGGCUUCCUUAUCUAAUGUCGGGUUUUAUCCACAACAGCGGAUUAGAGGCGACGCGGCCUUAAGUCUACCAGCUUGUGGUGUGUAUGUGUUCUUUUCACUUUUCUACGGAAGUUGUGAGCUGUAUUUAAUGGGGGCGAUUAGUUUGGACCGUUACAUUGCUUGCUGCAGACCGUUACAAUAUUCAAAUAUGGCUACUCCUCGCCGGUGCGCAAUGUGGAAAAAUGUCCAGGCUGUGAAGCAGAUCAACUACGAAUGUCUCUUCACGUUGACUCUGUACCUCCUAAUUGGACUCAUAAUUUUAAACAUUUCAUUUGAACAUACAGUAAUCACAGUUCACGCUCUUCGUGAGGCUAAAACGGUGGACAUACUCGGUACUGAGUGCUAUGAACCGACCAGCUCCAGGAAUAUUGCCCUUAAAUGUGAAAAUUGA